UUUCUGCCGCGUCCUCAGCUUUCUAUCUUCCACUCCUCAACCAGACCCAAGCAGGCAAACAGCAGCAAGACUCCGUGCCUUGUGUGCUGGUUCACUCAUUGGCCCAACUGAGUUUGUUAAACGGCAUCCAUCGGUUCUCACCAACAGGACUGAAGGACUUCCAGCCAAGAUGGGCUUCACCAAGGAGACUGCCUCCAUUGGCAUCAUCGGAAUGGGAGACAUGGGCAAGAUGUACGCCCUUCGUCUCAGCGAAGCAGGUUGGAGGAUUAAUGCAUGUGACAAACUUGAUCUUUAUGAGGAUCUACAGAAGGAAUUUAAAUCCCAAAAAGGUGUUACUAUCCUUCCGAACGGGCACCUGGUUUCAAGGGUUAGCGAUUAUAUCAUAUACAGUGUAGAAGCCGGUGUGAUCGACAGGGUAGUGGCUGAGUAUGGCCCAUCUACCAAGGUCGGCGCAAUUGUUGGAGGCCAAACGUCCUGCAAGGCUCCUGAGCUCGCUGCAUUCGAUAAGCACCUCCCCCCGGAUGUAGAAGUCGUGUCCUGCCAUUCGCUCCACGGCCCUAAAGUCAAUCCCAAAGGUCAACCUCUGGUCCUGAUCAAGCACCGCGCCUCGGAUGAGAGCCUUGACUUUGUGCGAGAAGUCCUAUCAUGCUUUGAAUCCGAAUUCGUUCUCCUCACGGGAGAGAUGCAUGACCGUAUUACUGCCGAUACCCAAGCUGUCACCCAUGCCGCUUUCCUCAGCAUGGGAACCGCGUGGCAGGCAAACCAGCAGUUCCCGUGGGAAAUCAACCGCUGGGUGGGAGGCAUUGAGAACGUCAAGAUUAACAUUACAUUGCGCAUCUACUCCAACAAGUGGCACGUUUAUGCCGGUCUUGCCAUUCUCAACCCGGCCGCGAAGAAGCAAAUCCGGCAGUACGCCGAGUCGGUGACGGAGCUCUACAAGCUUAUGAUCGAGGGGCGGCGCGAGGAGCUCAAGCGUCGCGUCAAGGCUGCAGGAGAGGCCGUGUUUAAGGCGGGCACAGAUGGGCAGGAUCUGCUGUUAAAGGACCAAGUCCUUGACCAAUUCUCGCUGUCAAACAGGGCUCGUGAGGAAUCUCCCCCAAACAGCCAUCUCAGUCUGCUGGCCAUUGUCGAUUGUUGGUCUAAACUUGGAAUUGUCCCAUACGACCAUAUGAUCUGUUCUACACCUCUCUUUCGUCUCUGGCUGGGUGUCACGGAAUACCUGUUUCGUAAUCCCGACAUUCUUGAACAGGCAUUGGACACCGCCAUCGACGAUAAGACGUUCCGGUCCGAUGACCUGGAGUUUACCUUUGCAGCUCGGGCCUGGUCUGACUGCGUAUCAUUCGGCGAUUUCGAGUCCUACCGCGACCGGUUCGAGCGGAUCCAGCAGUACUUCGCUCCCCAAUUCCCCGAGGCCGUGAAGCUGGGCAAUGAGAUGAUGAAGACAAUUUUGGAGAAGACGACUCCCGGAAACUCCUAGCAUGGGCGGAAAGAGACAAACAGGGACUCGGCGCCGGCCCGAUAGAUAAGAUCAUGAGUACCAUAAUAUUUGUCGGCAUCUUAGUAAUUAUCAUAAUCAUAAUCAUAAUCAUAAAUCAAA